AUGUCGUAUCCGGAGAAGAGAAAGAGAAGGAAGAAGAAGGAGCCGUCUCCAACACUUCCAUCGACCCCAAAUCCGGCUUCUUCAUCCCCGAAAAAGAAGAAACUGUCGCCGACGCCGCAAACGAGCCCGUUUCUGUCGCUGCCCUAUGAUUUGCUGUUAGACUGCGUGGCACGCGUCUCAAGGCUGUACCAUCCGACGCUCUCCCUCGUCUGCAAGAGAUUUGGAUCUCUCCUUGCUUCACCGGAGCUUUACAAAGCCCGGUCACUCUUGGGCAACACCGAGAGAUGUCUCUAUGUGUGCAUAGGCCACGGUGCUAAUGAGAGUCGGUGGUACACCCUCUGCCGGAAACCUGAUAAAAUCCUAGAUAACGAAGACACCAAGUCAAAGUCAAGUGGGUAUGCUUUGGCCAGAGUCCCAUUUCCCGAAUCUCCACGUGCUGACUUUGUGGGUCUCGUGGUGGUUGGUUCUAGUAUCUACCAAAUCGCUGACUGGGAGACACUAAAGUCUCAGUUCUGGAUUGCCGGACGCUACCUUUCCAACCUUUUCCACGUGUUCGACACAGAAAGUCAAGUUUGGGAUGCUCUUCCGCCCCUCCCUUUCACUGGUAAUCAUCACGUCAAGGGAACCGCAUGUAUUGACGGAAAGUUCCACACGAUUUCAACGUCGAAAGUGGACGUUGCUUACAGUUCCACGGAAGGUAGAUGGGACCUGGUUAGAUCAGGGAUGAGCGAAUACAUGUCCAAUAAUUCUUAUUGCGUGAUAGAGAAUGUUCUGUACUCUGCUUCCUAUGGAGACUUCAGAUGGUAUGACAGUGAGGCACACAAGUGGAGAAAUUUGAAUGGUUUGGUUGGGCUACCAAAGUUACGUUGUGAGCAUGGGAUUCGAUUGGCUGAUUAUGGUGGAAACUUGGUGGUUUCUUGGAACCAGCAGACGUAUUAUUCGUUUCUUCCCCAGACGAAGAUUUGGUGCGCAGAGGUUUCGCUUGAACGACGACGCGAAAGCUGUGAAAUCUGGGGGAAAGUUGAGUGGUUAGAGCAUAUGCUCACAGCCCCUAGGAUCAUUGAUGUCACCAAGGUUCUUGCUGUUGCUGUCUAA